AUGAAGGAUGCAGAACGGCUGAACCUGCUCAAGGAGAUCGGAGGCGCACGCGUGUAUGAGGAGCGGCGCAAGGAGAGCCUCAAGAUCAUGCAGGAAGCUGAGGUGCGUCGGCAGCAGAUUGCAGACUUCCUCGCGCACAUCGAAGCGCGUCUCAAGGAGCUGGACGAAGAGAAGGAGGAGCUUAAACGCUUCCAGCUACUGGACAAGCAACGCCGCUCGCUCGAAUACGCCAUCUUCGAAAAAGAGCUCGCAGAGGCACGCGACCAGCUGGAAAACGUGGAGUCGCGGAGGCUACAGGUGCAGGAGCGCACGAGCGGGACGCACCAGAAAGCGCGGGAGCGGCAGGAGGAGGUGAAGGAGGUGGAGCGGCAGCUGAAGGCAAAGAACAGGGAGCUGCAGGGGCUGGUGCAGGAGCAGGAGAGGGUGGAGGAGCAGAGGAACGAGGGCAUGCGCGCGUGCACGAGGCUGCGGCUUGAUGUGAAGGAGCUGGAGCAGGCGCUAGAAGCAGACCAGGGGCGCAAGCAAGAGCUGGAAGCGGAGCUACAGCAGCUGCAGAGGGACAUUGCCAAGUCGAACGCUGACUUGGAGGCGAUUCACCCACAGCACCAGCAGCACGUGGCAGAGGAGGCUGCCCUGAACAAGAGGCUGGCAGAGUGCUCGCGUCGUCUGGAUGCGCUGUACGAGAGGAAGGGGCAGAAGGCGCAGUUUAAGAGCAAGGACGAGCGCGACCGGUGGCUCAGGCGCGGCAUUGCAGAGCUGGAGCAGCUGGUGCAGCGCAGCAUGGCACAGUUGAGGGGUCUGGAGGCGGAGAGUGAGAGGCUGAGGCAGGCGGGGCAGCAGCUACAGGAGGAGAUGGCGCAGAAGGGGCAGCAGGUGGAGGAGGCAGAGGCGGAGGUAGCAAAAUGUGCAGAGGAGAUGCGAGGGGCCAAGGCAUGGAGAGACGAGCAGAACAGCCGCCGCAAGCAACUGAUGAAGCAGGAGGCGGACUUGGCAGCGGAGGUGAAACGAGUGAGCGAGGAGAAGGACCGAGCAGAGGGGCAGCUGGACAAGUCCACGCCCAGGGACAUCCGCCGGGGGCUCUUCUCGCUGCGCCAGAUAGUGCGGGACCAUUCCAUCCGGGGGGUGCACGGGCCGCUGCUGGAGCUCGUGGCCUGCGACGACAAAUUUGUCACCGCGGUCGAAGUCACCGCAGGGAACAGCCUCUUCAACGUCGUGGUGGAUAAUGACGAGACUGCCGCUCGGCUCGUGCGGUAUUUGAACCAGCAGAGGGGCGGCAGGAUCACGUUUAUUCCGCUGAACCAGGCGCGGGCGCCAACGGUGGCGUAUCCGGAGAGGCAGGACGUGGUGCCGUUGCUGUCGAAAGUCAAGUUUGAGCCGCAGAUCGCUGCUGCAUGUGGGCAGGUGUUUGGCCGCGCUGUGGUCUGCCGCGACCUGUCAGUGGCAGCUGACGUGGCACGCACUGGAAGCUUCGACUGCAUCACACUGGAAG